AUGCUUAUUGAUAAGACAGGGGACCUAGGACCUACAUACUUAGGAAUACCUCGGCAGGCAAUGCUUUCUGAGGUUUUUACGGAUGGGGUUUGGCGCAUGAGAAGAAGGGGCAGAAGAGUGUUUGGAGAGGUCUAUGAUGCGAUUGAGGGUGCAACAGCACCAGCAAUAGAUGCGGGGAGGGAUUUUGUACUUUGGAGACAUGGCGAUGACGAUUUUAAAAACCAUUUCUCCACCCAGAAAACAUGGGAUCAGAUCAGGGUUAGGAAGCCGGAAGUCCCUUGGCGCUCCCUUGGUUGGUUCACCCAAGGGGUACCGCGACAGUCCUUUAUUGUUUGGUUGGCAUUUAGAGACAGAUUGUCUACUGGAGUCCGCAUGAGGCAGUGGGGAAUCACCCAAGGCUGUAUGUUCUGUGGGGAGCCAAAUGAGGAUCGAGAUCAUCUCUUCUUUGCGUGUCCUUUUACCUACACUCUCUGGUUAAAGCUCACGUCUCAACUGUUGGGAAACUCAGUCUCUCCGGCUUGGUCUACCACGGUUACAGCUCUUCUGCGAUCGCGACGGGAUAAGUUGGAUGGUAUCUUGCUGAAACUUGUCUUCCAAACUGCCAUAUAUUUUGUUUGGAGGGAGAGAAACUCUAGGCGUCAUCAAGGAGUUCGGGUGGAUGGGGGAACACUGGCUAGACGAAUUGAUAGGUUCAUACGUCAUAGAAUUCUAUCUUUGAAGUACACGGGCAGUCAUAAGUUGGCAGGGCUUCUCCGACGUUGGUUCGAGGUCUACACAGGAUGA